UGCCCGGAGUUCAGUGCGUCCCGGACUAUCUACCGGACUAGGUUGUCGCUCAUUUUCAGGAUACGGCGUGAUUCGCGUACCUACAGACGACGUAGUGAACCUAUCGGUUUUCAGAAAGUUCGCGUGUUAAAUUCGCCUAGUUAUUCGUCCGAGAUUUUCCCAGGAAAGACGGUACUGCUUCGAUAAUCCCAGGUAGAAUCUACAGACAUGUGCGUUCUUAGUGUGGUGUUCUUGAAGUGAAAAGUCUAGGAACUCCCCUUCUGUGUUUUUUCGCUGUGAUAAGUGUGAACUACCUGCCAUGUUGGCCUGCUACAUGUUCCUCCUUCUGAUGGUUUUCGCUGACGCCAGAGAUACCUACGAAAAAAUAGGAUACUUCUGGCACAUAACCGACAUACACUACGACGCCCUGUACCACAACGUAGCGAAAAAAGGCUGUUGGAAACCGGAGUACGAGGGAGGAAGCAGCGCCUCCAGGAUGCAGAGAGGUCCUGUGGGACGCUUCGGUGAUUACAGCUGCGACGCCUCGUGGGAUCUGAUAGAAUCAGCUGCUCACAUGAUGAAGUCCAGGCCCAACGUGAACGUGGAGUUCGUCCUUUGGACAGGGGACUCCUUAUCUCAUUCCACUAAACACCAUCAGGACAUAAAUAAGCUGGAGCUCCUGCAGAACAUCACAGAUCUCCUGCACAAAACUUUCAGUUCCCAGUUCGUAUUUCCAGCCCUAGGACACGACGAUCCGAGCUCCAGGAAGAAAAUGGGAGAGAUGUGGAGCAGAUGGUUUCCGGCUGAUUCUCUGAAGACGUUCGUGCAAGGCGGCUACUACAUAAUCGAGCGCAAGACGGAGAAGCUGCAGAUCGUGGUGCUCAACACGAACCUGAUGAGGAAGGCCGAUAACGACCCGGAGGCGGCCAGGCAGUGGGAAUGGCUGGAGGGUGUCAUGAAGAAGCUCAAGAGGAACAUGGAGACGGCCUACUUGGUUGGUCACAUGGCACCAGGUUGCGACGAAAGACAGAGAACAGCUCUCCCUGGUACUCAUUCUCAAGCUUUUACCGAUUUUAACAACAAGAAAUACCUAGAGUUGAUUCGAAAGUACUCCGAACUGAUUGUGGGACAAUUUUUUGGACACUUACAUUCAGAUACCUUCAGAGUGAUCUACAACGAAAGAGGCCAUCCAACUUCGUGGGCAAUGUUGGCACCAGCGUUGACGCCCAGAAGAUUAACUGAUGGACCAAACAACCCAGGAAUACGAUUAUACAAGUACAAUCAGAACACAGGACAAAUCUUGGACUACACCCAAUAUUACCUGGACCUCAGCGCUGCCAAGGAGCACAAUCACGCCGAAUGGGCUGUAGAGUAUAACUUCUCGACGCACUACAUGAUAAACAACAUCACACCUUUGGCCCUCCAUAAUUUAGCGGAGAAGCUGUCCAACGCCUCUGGCGAUAAUCCCACCUUUAAUAGAUACUACAGAGCCAAUUCGGUGAGAUUCCACAACAACCAGCACAGCACCUGCGAUGCUACCUGCGCGCACACGCAUUACUGCGCAAUCACGCGAGUCGACUACCACGAGCACGAGCAAUGUCUGAAGACGGCGGCGAGCGUGGUGUCUUCUUACUCGUUGACGAGCACGCCACUGAACUGCUUCUCGUUACUCUCACUCUUCGUGAUUUUCAAAGUGCGAUAAGGUUAAGCGGGAACCUGUUUCGAGCUUGACGUGUUCAACUGGUUCGUACGUGUGUGACAGAUGGUAAAGAUGGCGCUGUUGGAAGUUCGUUAGUCUGAUGAAGGAUUGCUAUUUGUUUCGUUGUUUUUCAUGUAAUCUUGAAGAAUACGAGCCGAGAUUGGCGAGGCGGUAGCUUGAGGUUGAGAGCUGUACUUAGUAGUUGUGAAAAAUGGUUGUUGAAAUUUCGAAAUCAUCUUCAUAUUUCCUGAAACACUUCUGAGAUUGUUGCCUUAUUAUAUCUAGAAACAUAAGGAGGAAGGAAAGUUUCUGGCAUGUAAAAAAUAUGUUCCGAAUUACACAAUUAUUUUUGUGUUGCUUCUGAUCUCGAUAUUUCCUUUUAGGUAGCCAAAAAAACUCAUUCGGACGUAAGCAAGGAAACAAUAUAUAAUAAUUUUCUGAACGCGAAUUAUAUCGAAAUUUUUUUUAAAUGUCGGAAACUCUCCUUAUGCAACCAA